GCGGCCCGGCAGGCAAGCCGGACAGCGGUCAGGUAGCCGCCGGAGCCGGUCGCGUUCCGUAGCCGACAUGGUGUCCCCCGUCACCGUGGUGAAGAGUGAAGGCCCCAAACUAGUGCCCUUCUUUAAAGCCACUUGCGUCUAUUUUGUCCUCUGGUUGCCAACUUCCAGCCCCUCCUGGUUCAGUGCUCUCAUCAAAUGUUUGCCCAUCUUCUGCUUGUGGGUUUUCCUUCUGGCUCAUGGAAUUAACUUCUUAGUGUCACACCGGAGCGCCAGCCGCAUCCUAGCAGGACUCAUAUUCUCGGCAGUGGGAGACGCCUUUCUCAUCUGGCAGGAGCAGGGCUACUUCAUUCAUGGUCUGCUGAUGUUUGCCAUCACACACAUCCUGUAUUCCUCAGCCUUCGGCAUGAAGCCUUUGGACCUCAAAGCCGGCUUGUUGAUGGGCGUCGUUUGCAGUUCCUGUUAUGCCUUCCUGUACUCCUACCUCUCAGGCCCAUUCACCUACCUGGUAGCUGUCUACAUCGCCUUGAUUGGCUUCAUGGGCUGGCGAGCGGUCGCUGGCAUGCAGCUGUGCAACGACCUCUGGACAUGGACCAAGCUCUCGGCCUGCAUCGGGGCGAUGCUCUUCAUGGUGUCGGAUCUGACCAUUGCACUUAACAAGUUCUGCUUUCCUGUGCCCUACUCACGCUUCAUCAUCAUGGCUACUUACUAUGCAGCCCAAAUGCUUAUUGCACUGUCAGCUGUAGAAAGCAGAGACGAAGAGGACUUCAGAAAGAGAAGCUAGGUGGACUGCCAAUAGUCUGAGAACAACGUGGGUUAUAUCUCAGGUGCUGUAGCUGCAUUCACCCCUGAGAGAGAUCUCCAUUUCUCUAGGCACACUGGUGAUGUUGAUUUGGCUUCUUUGAAGCAUUACUUUUGGGGCUUUUUUUUCCUUUUUAUUUCCCCAAUGGCUUUCUCUGAAUACAGCUUACUUCAGUGUGGAGUCCACAUCAGGAAGCUUAGACUGUCUCUGCAGUAGUUACUCAUUCAACUUUUCCUCCUUGGAAGUGCUGUACUACUGCAUUUUACUUGUUAUCUUGAAACUGAUGCUGAAUGUCUAGGAAGAGGAGAGCUGAUAAAAAGGAGGUUGGCCAUGCACCGUGCUAGAGGAUUUGCUUUCAGAGUAGGCAGACAGGCACAGAUCUCUGCUGAAGUCAAUGGUAAAAAUUAAUUUAAACACCAUCUGUCUCUUUUUUUUGCAUUACAAACUCAGUACACAAAUUGGAGCUCUUGUCUCUGCUGAAGGAAAUCUGGAGGUAGAGUAAAACUAGCAUAUCCAGAUGAGGGCUAAGCUUUGGAGUCAAAAGUAGCAUGUGGGGCAGCCCCCAGCAGAACCAGGGUAAAACACCAAGUAGAGAGCACAGGACAGGAGGUGUGCUGACAUGCAGUGCUGUGUGCUUUGAUCGAGGCUGAACACUGCUCUGGUGCAGGUCUGGAGGUGCAGGGCUUCCACUUGUGGCAGAAGUAGGAGUCUGGUGGGAUUUUAGGCAUGUGGGUAGCCAGGGCAGGGUGUUCUCCCCCACCACAUGUGCAGAGUUACUCGGUGUUUGCAGCUGGCAGGGAUAGCUGAGAUGUAAUGGGCACAUCAAGAACUUUGAUUUUUACAGCAGGACUCAGGAGUCUGUGUCUCACAAAUGUGUGCCCUGAUUAUCCUUGGCAUGGCAGGCAGGCAUCUGACCUUUGUGCUUUUCUUCCCUAGUAUCUUAACAAAUAAUACUCCAUACAUUCAUUAAGCUCUGGAGUGCUGCUGCUUGCAGUAUCUCUCUUGAACCUCCACGUGAGCAUCUCCUGUGCUCAAGGCUCUGAUUUUGGAUGUAGAUGGUUAUUUUUUUUUCCAGCUGGUGGCAAACGAUCAGCUCUGCACCACUUCUUGUUGGAAAGGCCCUUUUCAGCAGAACUUCCUGAAAAGCACUGUCCUGUGUGCCCAAAGUGCCUGCCACUUCCUUCUCAAGCUGAGGUGGAUGCAGUGAGAAGAUGCCUCAGGGCUAGGAAAGCCUGUUUAGUUCUGAUCAUGUUCUUCCUUUGGCUUGUCAGCCCAUCUGCUGGAGCAAGAUAACUUCCAACUUAAGACUCUCUUAAAAAGAUCUAAGAAGAAGUUGCCCUAAUUUUUCCUGCAUGCUCAUUUUUGAUCAUAUGUAUAUUUUCCCCCUCUUAUUUAUAUCUAAGAGCAACCUCUGUUUCUGUUUGAAACUAUCUUGAAUGUGCUUUUUCCCUCUGUCUGUCCUAGGGCUGCUCCCAUGAAUCAAGAUGCUCCUCCAGUGGCUUUCCCAAUGGCUUGUUUUAAGACACUCAAGUGCACAAAGGAAGCUUGCUGAGGGUUCUUGCACAUCUUCAGCCUUGCAGACGACCAGAGCAGACUGCACAACUCAAUUCUAUACACACCCCAUGGGCAGAGGGAGCAGGAGGGACAGCCCUCCAGACCAGCCCUGUGGGCUGAAAGCUGCCACAAUCUCCAUAGUGUGCCCAGACUGUUGCAGGUGAAAACUUGGUGCCAAGUCCCUGGCAUAGUUGGCAGAGCAGGAACUCUUCUUCCUGAGGAGUGCAGCAAGGUCAGGAGCAGCUGAAGAAACCUUAUUAACUCUGCUGGCUUUUUCCCUUGGUGCUGAGGGGUCUCCUGCUCCCCCCUAGCCUUGCAUGCUGGGAAGGGGUGGGCAACAGACACCGCAUCCCUACAGCUCCUGCAUUAGUGCAAGUGCAGGCAGUAUUACAGACACCUAGGCUAGCCAUCCUGACCCCUGGGGUCAUCUGCUGCUUUUCAGAUUGAGAUCAGAAAGGUCAGCUGCAGUACUGAGAGGGAAAGCAUUGUAAAUAGCACAGCCCCAUGUAAUCUCUUCUUUCUAAUGCUGUUGCGUAAUAGCGUCAGUAUUCAUUCACUGCACUGGCUUCUGCCUGGAGUAAACUGCUAAGGGGAUUUAGAGCCACAAAACAUCUUCAUUCAUCAGCAUUGCUUAUCUCCUGGCCACAGCUUGAACCCUGCAGUGUAGCUCUUCGUGGAUGUCACCUGCUGUUACUCAGCCUAACUGUUGGCAAAUCUCUUCCUGCAACAGCUUGAUCCAGCUAAGAGGAAAGCUAAGCAUUUGGGGUGAUCCCCACCAUCCUCCCAGUAUUUGAGGAAGCAGCCCGUUUCGUUCUGAUUUACAGUUCCUUGUCAUGGGUCAGUCCAGACCUUAGCCUGGCAGGCCUUAGCUGGCAGUCCUUCAGAGGAGUCCCCCACACCCGGAGUUUCCUUUGCUUUGAGAGAUGUGUGUGACAAAUCCAGCUCCCUUUAGAAGACUUUCUGUUAUCUCUUUCUUCCUCCUCUAGAAACGAAUAGUCCUUAGUUUGCUGGAGAUGACCAAGUUGCUUUUCUGCAUGCCUUUUCACCCUGCCUUGCUUUGUUACCCUGCUCCACCACCAGUCACAUGAUACUUGUAGGAAAUCAGAGACGCAGUUCCUGGUGGCAGAGGUCUCUGGGUGGCUGAGAGAGCAGCAAUGUUUGUAGCCCAGGUGGGCUGAUGUCCCUUCACCUGGAGCGUGCAGGCUGGGACACAGCCUAGGACACAUCGCUGGCUCCGUUCCAGUGCUGCAACAGCUUUAGCCGUCCCAGAAACAUGAGGCAGAGCCCUCAGGAUGUGAAGUGAGGGAGAUUCCUGGCUGCAUCAGAGGUUUGCCAGUGAAGGCUCUCAAUCCACAAAAUCUCUCUCCUGCUCUGUAUUUGUCCUUUUAAUCCAUGUUACUUGAACGAGACCAUUUUCCUGCAGGCUCUUUCCUGCUGGGAAGAGACCAGCUGCUGUGGACACCGAUUUGACACAAUUCUGAGUCUCAUAAACCCUGAAAAACACUAAGCAGUUGCUGACAGUCUGUUAAAUACCUUUUAUGGGGAUUAAAGCUGUUCCCUCAACCCCAGCAAAGGCAGGCUUCACUUCAUGCCUUUGAGGAGCUUCCUGUUGUCUCUUUGCACUGUAGAACAGAGAGAUUUGAUUCAUUCUCCCCCUUUUCAGGUGUCCAGUCUUUGAGAAGCACCCAGUCUCUGGUCCAGACAUGACAGAGGAAAUGAAGUACCCCAGCAGCGUUGGGUGCCUUUGCUUGCCAAGUACAGAGGGUUUCUUAUCACACUGCUGAGUUCAGACACCUCUGCAGUUCCCAUCUGUGGUCACUCAAGGUUACACGCAUGGACUGAUUGCCUUUGCUUUCUUUCCUUUCUGUAGCUUCCACCCUCUUGGAGAUCUUUUGGCUCCUUAUUUGGCCAUAUAAAAGAUGCAGCACUUUUACUUCGGCCUUGUAUCUCUUUCUGUAGAUAGAUCCUCCCCUCACAGGACUUCCAGUGAAAUCAAAGAAGCAGUACUAACUGCAGCUGGUUUUAAGUGCCAGUAAUGCUUCUGAGCUGUGCCAGUCACACCAGCAUCCGCAGGAGGAAGCUGCUGUGGAAAUGGCAAGUUGAAAAGAACGAAGCCAGAGGAUUUUAACAGCUUUACUCCUACUUUACCAGGAAGAUUGUAUUUGUGCUUAAUACCUGUCCAGGAGGAGGCAACUGUAAGACUAAUUGGUUUAAGAAUUACUCUAAUGGCUUUUAAGUAGAUAGGUGAAGGUUUCAUGUUGUAACGAGUGAAGACAACUGAUACAUUUUUACACAAGCACAGACAAUGCCCAGGACAAACUCUACAGACUUUAGUGGCUUUUCAAAACUUGCCAGUCCUGUAGUUUGACCCUAAGACCUGUGUGUUUUCAGCUUGCUAUCACAGUCAUUUUGGAAGCUGUUCUGGAGUAAGCAGAUCAAAGCAAACAGCAACUGUAAAGCUCAGUGGCAGGUGCUUUUGCUUGGUUUCUGGAUACAGACAGAGGCUCUUUUAAGCACAGGCAUCAUAACUGCUCUUGGAAAAGGAUGGGAAGUUGCUGACUUCUCACAACAGAAGUCCUCCUGGGUACUUCUGCCUUUUAUCCAUGCUUGCUCCUUUUGUGCCUUGAGUAAAUCAAACUUUCUGGGGCCUCAUCAGGUGGAAAAAGGCACAAGUGUAUUAGGGGUAGUGCUAAGCCAAGUUACAACAGCAGGAGCCCAGGCCCUCACCCCAUUUCUUAAAUGGGGAUAUUAGCACUUACUGACCUUCCAAGGCUGCUGUGAGGAUUAGUGCUUAUACAGUGCUUUGAAGAUGUAAAGUGCUAUAUAAAUCCCAAGUAUUAUCCUACCUUAGUGUUAAAAAUUCUUUUAGGGUUCUGGAGGACUUCUUCUCUUUAAAACCUGUGACUGCCUUUUCAGUUUGUAUCAGAUGGAAAGCAAAUGCAAAGUAUUUAUGCCUACUGGUUAACAUGGUGGGCUCAGCUGCACCUGAACUCUGAGUUUAGCUUAAAAGUCUGAACUCUAAUUUCAGUUUUGAAAACGGUUUUUAGUUCUUUUAAAAGCCUUAACCAAAUUGUUAGACAUGAACCUGGCAUCCAUAUUUUGCAGUCUGGUCUUACCCCUGACUGUUAGCUAGAGUAAAUCAAUUCCAGCCAAAACACAGUGCUCUCACAGUCUGCUGUGGCUGUUGAAAAGAUUGGAACAGAAAAUGAAGUUGUUCUCUUCAACCUUCAUUUUGCAGAAGGUUGGCUGGGUUUCAUGGGACAACUGACAAAAGGGAUGUUUAGUUUCUGUGAUUCUAAGUUUUACUGUCUUGAAAAUCAGCAGAGAGGGAAGGCUUUGAUGGACUCAAUAAGGUCAGCACAUUUUUCUCGAGUUACUCCUUUUCACCUGAAUCAAAGAGCUAGCAGGAUCUGUAGUGAAGGAAGUGCUUGGCUCACCAGUCCUAAGGCCCAGAACAAAAGCUGAUGUAGAAAUACAGCUGUAAACCAUCACCAUGUCCUCAGCUAGGAUCAAAAUGCUACUCUUCACCGACUGAAAUCUGGAGCACAGCUAAAGACUACUUAGUUCUGGUAGUGCAAGCUGCUGUACAAACACCAGGCGAGGAAUUACCCACCACAGACCGUGAGCUGUCUACGUGUGAAAUGGACCAGAAUUUUGAAGCAGCUGCAGUAAAAUAUUAUCUUAAUAUGAACUCAAGCAAACUCAAUGCAAAUUUUUAUGGUUUCUUUAAAAUCUUUGUUGGGUUUUAGUUUCCUUAAGUUUGGAGGAAAUGUUCUUAACGUUAUUUCAUUUUUGCUCUUAUUGUAAAGACUAAAGAUAUCCAAGUUUAGAUAAACUACAAAUGGAAAAAAAAAGGUGGCCAGUUGGCAGGAAUGCCCAAACUUCUGUGGCUGGUAUUGUUUCUGUGGUGACACUACGCUGCUGCAGGAUGAGCUCUGCUGGAGUGGUGCAAUGGCUCAACAGUGAGGCUGAAGCACGCAGCCAGUCUCAUACAAAAGGGAAGUAGGGGAUGUGCUACCCAGACCGAAGUGGGAACACAGCUGGGCCAAUUCAGGUCAGUCAACAGACUGAGAAAGCAUCAGGAAAUGAUAGAAGAAAUGUUUUCCUGGCAGGUAACAAGCAAGAAACCAAAGCCAGCCCACUGGGCCACGGUGCUGAAUUGGGACAAAUGCACUUAUCGUGACCUUGCUUGUGCAAGCUCCUGCUGGAUCAGGCCUUGCUGUUAUUCACCUGGGGAGGCUUGCUCCAAGUCUAUGAUGCUGGCAGGGUUGGGCCAGCAGAACCUGAUGCUUCGUUAAAUAAAAUCCUACAAACCAAACAAAACCAAGGGAGGGAGGAAAAAGGCAAGGGCAUUGGAAAGCAGUAGUUCUGCCUGGCUGAGCCUGCAGACUGGCUGCUCUGUACUGAAUACUAAUCUCCACCUGUUGUUCCCCUGCAAGCCUCUCGCUCCAGCCCCUCUCCCACCCAUUCCAGGGGGAGUGCACUGUCAGAUGUGACUGAGGCAGCUGCUCUCUCCUGGGGAGUCAAGCAUUUUGCCGUGUCUGAAAGUCUCUAGCACCUACUUCCUUGACUGUGAUUGUAAAGGUCACCACAUGCAGCAGGGCCACUGGAUCUGGGAUCUUUUCUUAACACAUUUUUAUGCUGAUUUUACUAUUUUAAUUCUGUGUUUGGAAUGUAUUUUUUUCCCUCAUUUUUCUGUGUGUAACAGCAAUUAAAACCAUUAAUUUACCAGGUGUUUUUACUGUGCAGAUAGAA